AUAAAACUGGACUUCCUCGCGAAUCGUACAAGUAAACCCAGGUGUUAGCACAAAAACAGAGCUCUGCAAAUGAAAGCCAGUGGAAUCUCGACUUGCUACCGUAACGUUCUUCCAUUUACCAAUUCCUCUCUCUCUUUCAAAUUUCGCUCAGAUUCUGCAUUUUCGUUUAUUCAUCACAGCAAUUUCGUCAAUAAGAGAAACUUCUCGAAGUUUUCGCGUUCCAUUGUUUCAGCAACAAUGGAAGCUUCGUUCAAGGCUGAGGAAGCUAGGGUUCCUGCCGCACUUCCCUUGCCUACUCCUCCUGUCACCAAGUUCAAGAUUGCUCUUUGCCAAUUAUCUGUAACUAGCGAUAAGGAGAGAAACAUCGCUCAUGCUAAGCAGGCAAUAGAAGAUGCUGCGGGCAAGGGUGCUCAGCUUAUUCUUCUCCCUGAAAUAUGGAAUAGUCCAUAUUCCAAUGACAGUUUUCCAGUAUAUGCCGAGGACAUCGAUGCUGGUGGAGAUGCGUCUCCUUCAACAAGGAUGUUAUCUGAAGUUUCUCGGAGUCUAAAGAUUACAAUUAUUGGUGGCUCUUUACCUGAGCGCAUCGGUGAUAAAUUAUAUAACACUUGUUGUGUCUUCGGCACAGAUGGAAAGCUUAUGGCUAAGCAUAGGAAGAUACAUCUCUUUGACAUUGACAUUCCAGGAAAGAUGACUUUCAAAGAAUCAAAGACUCUUACAGCUGGAGCGAGACCUACUAUUGUCGACACAGAGGUUGGACGUAUUGGUAUUGGUAUAUGCUAUGACAUUCGCUUUCAAGAACUGGCAGCUAUCUAUGCUGCAAGAGGUGCUCAUCUGCUCUGUUAUCCUGGCGCUUUUAACAUGACCACUGGUCCACUGCAUUGGGAGUUGUUGCAACGGGCAAGGGCUGCGGAUUGCCAGCUGUAUGUAGCAACUUGUUCACCCGCCAGAGAUAGUGGUUCUAGUUAUGUAGCUUGGGGACACUCCACUCUUGUUGGACCGUUUGGAGAAGUGCUUGUGACAACAGAACAUGAGGAGACUACACUAAUAGCAGAGAUUGAUUAUUCAGUAAUUGAGCAGAGAAGAACAUACCUUCCAUUUCAAAAACAAAGGCGAGGGGAUUUGUACCAAUUAGUUGAUGUUGACAGAUUGAACUCCGCAGGGGCCAACUGAGGUGCACUCCAUACUGCACGGGGAUGAAAUAAUCUAGAAUUGAUCAUGAACAAAAGAGUGAUCCAUUGAGUGGCUACAAUGGCAUGGUUGCAUAGUGAUGCUUACAAUGAUCUCUGCUCAAUUAUAUGGCUUAUUUCUCUUCUGAAGUCAUUUCUGGCCUCUAAAUCACUACCCCUUAGAUUUUGCCUGGAAUGAUACACUCAAAUGUGAUGUGGGUGAAACUGCAAUAAGUGCAAUAAAUGCCCAUUUUGUUUUUGAUUUUUUUUUUCUGGUUCUUUUUGUUGUUGUAUAAUCAAGAAAUCCCCCGUGCGUUAGCUGGUCCAGCCCUAGUUGACAGAGGCGGAUCCAGAAUUUAAACUCUAUGGGUUCAACUUUUAAGGUUUUUA